ACAGCAUUGUAAGAUGACGAAAAGAUGUAACCUCCGCAGUCUAUUUAAACCUACAGGCCAGUGGACACUCUUUCAAUGAUGAGGAUGUACACAUCCUGGACAGGGAGGAAUGCAGGUUUGAGCGGGGAGUCAAGGAGGCCAUUUACAUGAAUCUUUAAUCAAGGAGGGGGCCUAAGGGUAGAUUAGAGAAUAUUAACCCAAAUAGGACUAGAGGGUUAAGUCAUAGGGAUUUAACUUGGGUUACUCACGUCGUGAGACUGUUGCAGAAAGCCAGAGUACCUAGAGAGCAAAUAAGUCAAUAGAUAUAGACCAAAACUAAUGUUGAUUACAGAGGACUUAAAUGAAAAGGCUGGGUCUCAGGAGGAUAUGACAAACUAAUCUUCUGCUUGCUGUUGACACUGUGUCGGUGAAUCGCUCAACAGCGACAUCUGCUGGAUUUGAAAAGUCAUUGCAGGAACCCUGGAGACAGACUGAAGUCUACGUUCAUUAACUUUUACAUCUAGACAGCAAACGAGUGAUCAGUAAUCCUGUUUAGUUAACUAAGUGAAGAUAAAGUCCUAACUCAAUAAAACAGAAUAACACUGAGUAGAACAAAAAUAAUAAGAUUGACUAAUACGUGUUUGUGAAAGUGGGAGUUCAUGUGUAUCUGUGUGUGAGUGGAGAACACAGGCUUUAUGGUUUAUUAUUAAGAAUGAAGAAAAAGAAGUUUGUGUAGCAUCUUGGGGCCAAGGUGAUAUCCUACAGAUAUCGCUGGAAUUCAUUCAUGACGAGUGAAACCCGUAAACACACAAACGGCACUGUUAACACGCUCCUAUCGUCCUCUCAGCUUCAGUCACGUGAUUUUUCUUAAAGCGAUACACGCACCGGUGCGAGGUCUGUGUUUGACACAUGCACCGAUGCUUCGGUAUUGUUUGAUCAAUUACUGUCAAGUCGAGGCGAGUCGCGCCGAACCGAAUGAAACACAUUAAAUGUGUGGUGGUGGGUGACUAUGAAGCAGGAAAGACCUGCCUGCUCAAUUCCUACACCAAUGAAAAUUUACCCUUUAAAGAUUUCCCCAUGUCGUUUGCUACCUGUGUGAGGACAGUGAUGAUCGAUGACGAGGAGUACAGUCUGCAACUGUGUGACACUUCAGGUCAGGAGGACUACGAAAGAAUACGACUUAACACGUACACCGGCACCGACGUCUUCCUUGUCUGUUUCUCUGUCGUAUCGCCCUCAACCUUUCGGAACGUCAGAGAGAAGUGGGUGCCAGAGAUUUUACGCUUCUCUCCAAGGAUGCCGUUCCUGCUGGUCGGGACUCAUGUGGAUCUGAGAGAUAACGAGAACACCCUGGAACAAGCCCUGACCUUUAAGAGUGGAGAGGAACUGGCUCAUCAGCUGAAGGCCGUUAAAUACAUGGAGUGUUCAGCUCAGACUCGGGAAGGAGUGAAGGAGGUGUUUGAAGAGGCCAUCCUGGCAACUCUAAAUCCUACAGAUAAAAAAUCCACUUACAUCUGUGUUCUGCUAUAGGCAGAACAGUAGAAGGAGAAGAAGAAGGGGAAAAGAAGGUUUAGGAGGAAGACGGGGAGGUGGACCCAGAAUUAUUAACCCAUAUGGGAACAGAGUGUUCAGCCAUAAUGGCACAGGCUGGAGUCUGUGAAUCAACAUCAUAAUUUAUUAAUUGAUUUUAAAUAAAAAUGUUUUACAUUUUAAAAAUAGAUGUGUGUGUGGGUGGGAGGGGGUAACUUAGGAAGAAAAUUAAACAUUUUUACAGCAGUAAUCUUUUGCCUGCCAUGGACCGUUUUCCCUCCUCCCCUUAGGAUGGAGGCUGCACAGCAUCCUGGUGAGACUGAAGAAUUGCUGCUUUUCUGGAUACUGUGACAGUGUUGAACUGUGAUAAACUUCCACACCUCUGAAUGCACAAUAUACAUUUUAAAUGAUUUAAUAGGUAGUUAUUUUGUAUUAUAUUUAUUUACUUUUUUAUUUCAUAUAUAAAUGAUUAUAUUUUUAGUUGGCUGGUUACUAUUUUUGAUUGUUAGUCAGAGACCUGAGUAACUGUGCUCUCGUGUUUUCUUUGUGGUGAAUGACAAUAAAGAAUCCUUUAA